AGUUUAAAGGUAUAUUGGGCUUAUGUAACCAAACCAGACGAUUUGGGCUUCCCGUGAUGUACUUGCGUCUUUGCAGAGCUAUAGGGAGUAUUAUUUGUCUUGAUGGGAGAAAAGCAGAGGAAGCUGCUCGUGUUGUAUGCUUCUCAGACCGGAAACGCUCUUGAUGCGGCAGAGCGUAUUGGCCGUGAAGCUGAACGCCGAGGUUGUCCUGCUUCUAUCGUCUCCACCGACGAAUUCGACCCCAGUUCCUUACCUCAUGAGGAGGCUAUUGUUUUUGUUGUAUCCACUACAGGGCAAGGAGACUCUCCAGAUUCUUUUAAGGAGUUUUGGAAGUUCCUUCUUCAAAGAAACUUGGGAAACUCUUGGUUGCAACGAGUUCGCUUUGCAGUGUUUGGACUAGGUGAUUCAGGUUACCAGAAGUACAAUGUAAUUGCAUCUGCCACUAUAUAAAUCGUUUCACAUUCUUCUCGACAUACAUUUUAUUUCUGGUUCUGUUUUCAUGUAAUCAUCAAUAUGAAAGAAAAAAAAUUGGCUUUACCGAGGAAGAGUUUGUAGCAAAGAAGCUAGACAAAAGAUUACUAGAUCUUGGGGCCACAACCAUCAUUGAGAAAGGUCUGGGAGAUGAUCAACACCCACCAGGGUACGAAGCAACUCGAUCCUUGGAUGCUGUCUUUGUGGGGUACAUUAUAUCAGAUCAAUCCCAAAUACUUUCCUAAAGGUCCAGAUGUGGUGAUUCCUCGAGAUGAAUUAAUUGAUCAGCCCAAAUAUAGGAUUGUAUAUCAUAAGCAAGAAACACUGGAGCCUGCAUUGAUGGUAGAGUCGGAUAUCAUAGAAAGAGCCAGUGAAAUGUCACCCGGAAAAUUAUCCAAGGACAAAAGUAAACCAGACUGCUUUCUCAAGAUGACUAAAAAUGAAGUCCUGACGAAAGCUGGAAGUACAAAGGAUGUCCGCCACUUCGAGUUCCAAUUUGUUUCUUCUAGUAUCAAAUAUGAAGUUGGCGAUGUUGUUGAGCUUCUUCCAAGCCAAGAUUCUUCAGCAGUAGAUGCGUUUAUAGAACGCUGUGAUUUGGACCCGGAAUCAUUUAUCACAGUUCAUCCAAGAGAGACAGAGAGUAAUGGUUCAUUUGGAGAAGUAAUUACACAUGUCCCUAUUAAGCUUAAGACUUUUGUUGAAUUAACAAUGGACGUUACAUCCGCUUCACCUCGACGAUACUUCUCUGAGGUGAUGAGCUUCUAUGCAACAGCUGAACAUGAGAAGGCAAGACUGCAAUACUUUGCCUCACCAGAGGGACGGGAUGACCUCUACAAUUACAAUCAGAAGGAAAGAAGAAGCGUCCUUGAGGUGCUAGAGGAUUUUCCUUCGGUGCAGAUGCCUUUCGAGUGGCUUGUACAGUUAGUACCAGCUCUAAAACCAAGAGCUUUUUCGAUAUCUUCAUCUCCUUUGGCCUACCCUGCUCAAGUACAUUUGACCGUAAGCGUAGUAUCAUGGAUGACCCCUUAUAAGAGACCUCGAAAGGGUCUAUGCUCCACUUGGCUCGCAAGCCUCACACCUGAACAAGGGGUAAACAUACCGGUUUGGUUUCACAAAAGCUCUCUUCCUGCUCCACCACAGUCUGUUCCGCUCAUCUUAGUGGGACCUGGAACCGGAUGUGCCCCGUUCCGUGGGUUCAUAGCUGAGAGAGCCGUGCAAGCUGAGAGAGCCGUGCAAGCUGAGACUAGCCCGACCGCACCAGUCAUGUUGUUCUUUGGUUCCAGAAACGGACACAGAUUUUUUAUACCGCGACUUCUGGGAGUCCCAUGCAAGAGAAGGAGGUGUUGACAUGAAGCAUAAGUAAGCUGCUAGAUUUGAGAAGUAAGCUGCCAGACUUGAGAAGGAGGUGUUGACAUGAAGCAGAAUUAAGCCAGAGACUUAUAAGGUUUUAUAAGGAUUAAUAUACUGGAGUAUUUUAUUGAAGAGAAAAGAAGACCAUUGAAUAUAUUUUAAAACAAUGAAUAUUUUAUUUAUUGUGUACUGAGGCAACUUGCCUUUAAAUACUUGUAUCCAGAUCUAUAAUUAAAUUAAGGAAACUAUUCUCUC